UUGAACGCCGCCUCGCCUCACUUUAAAUGAGAUUUAAUGAGGAGAUUGAUGAAGCAGGGGUGUUUCGAACCUGGUUAGAAAUGGAGAGGGAAACCAAAGCUUCCGUUCUCGUCUUGUUGUUCAUGGUCCUGUUUUCUCAUAUUCACGGGAACCUGGAGGGUGAUGCUUUGCAUAUGCAACGCUCCAGUUUAAAUGAUCCUCGUGGUGUGCUACAAAGUUGGGAUCCAACCCUUUACAAUCCAUGCACAUGGCUCCAUAUUACAUGUAACGCUGACAAUAGUGUUAUAAGAGUUGACCUGGGAAGUGCAGAUUUAUCCGGUCAACUGGUCCCAGAGCUUGGUCUGCUUAAGAAUUUGCAAUUCCUGCAAUUUCAAGAUAACAAUAUAAGUGGGAAGAUUCCUAGCGAGCUUGGGAAUUUGACCAAUCUGGUGAGCUUGGAUCUCUAUUUAAACCGUUUUUCUGGUUCCAUACCUCGGACGUUGGGCAACCUAAAGAAGCUGCGCUUCCUCCGGCUUAACAACAAUCGCUUGUCGGGUCAUAUUCCUAUGUCUUUAACAGCUAUCAGUACGCUAGAAGUUCUGGAUCUAUCCAGCAAUAAGUUGAAGGGAGAAGUUCCAUCAAAUGGCUCCUUCGCAGUAUUCACACCUGUCAGUUUUGCUAAUAACAAACAUCUAUGCGGACGGGUUACUGGAAAACGUUGCCCUGGAUCUCCUCCAUUUUAUACACCUCCUCCACCUCUAUCUUCUGGAAAAGUUCCUUCUAUUUAUUAGAUAGGAAUCUCAGUUGAACUAAAUUUCCGUGUUAUGCUCCUAAAUAAGAUGAUUACUAUCAUUUUCUUAUAGUGAUUUCUGUGUUAUGUUCCAUUUAUAAUUGGGCUUGUGAUUUGAAUGGUCUGGAUUGUCACACAAUAAAGUUACGCUUACCCUUAUGUUAACCACAAUUUUUAA